GUAAUUUUCGGGAUCAUUUUGCACGCGUUGAGCUAUGGGACUUAACACAGCGAUUGCCUCAGUGACCUCGUACUUCUUGUAGCUAUAGAACCCUGGGUCUUCAGAGCACUCGAUAUAGCUCUUGUUAAUUCCGUUGUCCAAGCUUCUCCAGCCUCGAUCAGGGAGAAUAGGCUCUGUUCGUUGCAGCCAUCUACUACUGCUGUGUUUCCAAUAACGCCAUCACUUCUGUUGUUGGCGGAACCCCCGGUCAAGGGAGCAGCACAAUCACCAAAAGGAUCUCAAUUCACCAUUUGCGGUACACUUGUCUACCCUGAGGCCAGGAUCUCUCGAAAUGACUGAUCGCAGGCGGAUCAAUGGUCCCGUAGGGACAACGCUUCCUCCGGUAUUUUUCGAUGAACCUAUACCAGACAAGCCGGGCCCACGGACGAGGUCAAGGCCACCAAAUGCCAUUCGGAAAAUUUUUCUCAAAACUGGCAUAACACCUUCUGCUAGCGGCUCUGCUUAUCUAGAGAUUGAGAAUCCGGUGGUGUCUGGGAAGGAAGGGGAGACCUCAACAUCAGGUCUCAAGCUUUCGUGCACAGUACAUGGGCCCAGGGCUUUGCCAAGAUCAACACCUUUCUCGCCGCACAUCAUACUCUCUACUCACAUCAAGUACGCGCCUUUUGCGACCAAACAACGGCGCGGCUACAUCCGCGACUCGACAGAGCGGGAUCUAUCCGUGCACCUGGAGACUGCCCUGCGCGGUGUCAUCAUUGCCGACCGAUGGCCCAAGAGCGGUGUUGAUGUGAUCGUCUCCGUCAUUGAAGGAGAUCAAGACCGCCGGCUGCCUCUCCAGGAUAGUGGGAGCGGCGAGGAAGCCUGGAGUACCAUGAGCGUCUUGAGCGGCUGCAUCACGGUGGCCUCUGCUGCUCUUGCCGAUGCUGGGAUCGACUGUGUUGAUAUGGUGGCCGGCGGUGUUGCCGCACUUGUACGCGAUGAUAGCGACGGGGCUAAGUCUGUGGAGGGUGGCUCAAUAGUGGUUGACCCUGUUCCUGCAGAGCAUGACAAGAUAGUUGCCGCCUGCUGCGUUGCAUAUCUACCCAACAGAGAUGAGGUCACAAACUUGUGGUUCAAGGGGGAUGCGGCAGCCUCGGAUUCGGCGCUGUAUUUGAAUAUAGUCAACAACAGUGUAAGGGCAUCCAAAAUUGCCAACCGAGUCCUGGUGGACAGUCUGAAGGAGACACUACAGCAACAAGAUUAAUUGAUUAGGAUCUUGUCUUAACAUAUGAGCUGGAGGUUGAAUGUGUGUCCAGCAUGGGUUUGCCGAUCAGACGGCCAGAAAGUAAAUCAACUCAUUACAAAACCACAUUUGGUAUCACUAAACGAUUGCAGUGUGACGUGCGUCAGCGUCUACUUUGUCAGGCUGUUUCCAGCUAGUAACUUACAGCGAGGCAUCUGUGCAAAGUAACGUACGGAAUAAAGUAAAUAAAUAAAUAAACAACAGUGCAUGCAUGUUUUGUC